AUGUACAAUGGCGUGCGCCCUGGUGUGGCCUGGCAUAUGGGCAAGAUCAUGGAGUGUGGCGGCAUCUGUGCACUCCCGAAAGGCCGAUCAAUGAUCGCUACUAUGCGAGAAGACUCUUUUGACCUGACCCCCUUAUCUCCCAGGGAACGGUGCACUCCGCUCUCCGUUGCUGCUCAUACCUUGUAUGAGAAGACCAGGCCUGAUCGCCUGCCUGGACCUGGUGGAGUCCUUAUUCUCGAUAACGCUUCAUAUGAGCAGCUGACAGAAAGAACUGUCCGUGUUAGUGGCGCUGUAUUCGAACCGACGCCUAUUUACCAAGUUAAGUUGGAAGGAGUUGAAAAGCUAGGAUAUCGCACUAUCUUUAUUGGUGGUAUCCGCGACCCUAUCCUCAUCGGCCAGAUUGACACUUUUCUCGCCGAUGUGCGCGCUUAUACCCAAGGCCUGUUCCCUGAGCUGGACAAAUCGCCCGAGUGUCAGCUUCUGUUCCACUUUUACGGCCGCAAUGGAACGAUGGGUCCAAUCGAGCCUACGCCAGUCGCUGGACACGACCUCGGUAUUCUAGGAGAAGUUGUUGCACCAUCCCAGGAACUGUCUUAUACAAUUGCCAACAAUGCCCGCGCGUCAAUUUUGCAUAUGCCCUACAAGGGCCAGGUCGCAACAACCGGUAAUUUCGCGUCUCCCCUAUCACCUCAUGAGACUGCUGCAGGUCCUGUCUUCCGCUUCAAUAUCUACCAUCUCGUCGAUCUUGAAGCCGGAGAAGAGAUCAAGCUCUUUCCUAUUACUACAAAGACGAUUGCCAAUAACCCUCCUUCCUCUGAUGAUGGCGCGCCUGUGGGACUUUCUGACUCUGAGAGACAAAGGCUACGCUCUGAAACCCUCGAGCCUCUAUCACUCAAGCCGAUUCCUCGAGGUGAGUGUCGAAUGAUGGACAUCGCCAAAGUCAUCAGGUCCAAGAAUUCGGGUCCCUUUGAGAUGACAUUUGAUAUCAUGUUCGACACUGUGGAAGCUUACGAGAGGGUCAAGAAUUCGAAUGUUCUCACAAAUGAGCGUAUAGUAUCCCUCUAUCACCUACAACCCUCAGAUAUUCUUGUGAAUAUGUUCUUUGAGCCUGCAUUGGCAUGGAAGUGCACGAUUCGCCGACCCUGGGAGCAGGGAACUGUGGGGGAGCGCGAUACAUUAGGUACUCAGCAACAUGGACCUCUUUUGACCAUUGCCAUCCCUGCUGCCCCCAGCAGCGCUGUCGUGACCAAUGCAAUAGGUAAACCACACGUUUCUUAUACCCCUCCGGAACGCUCCCAUUUCUCGGCUAAGGACAGCGUGGACUAUCUAUGGACAAAGCUCGGACUCCCUGCCACAUCUCUGGAAAAACUUCAGCUUCUUGGGCAAGGCCUUGGGCUACCUUCCUCCUUCAAGAUUGCCCACAUUGCGCAGGCUUCUAUCGGCCUUUCUGCCUUGUUGGCCGCGCAAGUCUAUGCUUACCGUACCAACUCGGCUCUGCCUACGGUGACCGUUCCCUUGCAACAUGCAGCGAUAGAGUUUAAAUCCGAGAGGCUAUACACACUGGCAGGCAAACCUGCUCCCUCGCCGUGGGGUCCUAUCGGUGGCUUACACAAAACUUCCGACGGCUAUGUGCGCGUGCACGACUCCUUUCCCAACCAUCGUGAUGGUGCUCUGGCUUUAGUCGGCUGUGAACCGAACGCUACCCGGGCAGAGCUAGGGUCCAAGAUUGAGAAAUGGCGUUCCGUCGACCUCGAGACCGCUGCUUUCGACAAUAACCUUGUGAUUUCUGCUCUCCGGUCGUAUUCCCAGUGGGAUGUACUUCCCCAAGCCCGAAUGAUUACUGAUUUCCCGAUCACGCUACGCAAACUCUGUGAUGGGCCUGUUGGUCUCCCGUCCACUAUGCAAUCGCCACCUGAUAAGGCCCUUCGCGGUCUACGUGUUCUUGAGGUCUCCCGGGUAAUUGCCGCACCUCUCUCUGGCAGAACUCUAUCUGCUCAUGGAGCUGAUGUUCUCUGGGUGACAAGCCCUAACCUUCCCGAUCUCCCAACAAUGGACCGAGACUUCGGGCGAGGUAAACGUACAAUUCAAUUAGAUCUGGACACUCCGACGGACCAGGACACAUUCUCACAGUUACUCGAGGGGGCCCAUGUGUUUGUCCAGGGUUUCCGCCCGGGAAGUCUCUCCCAUCGCGGUUACUCCCCCAGUGCUCUUUCAAAGCGGUUCCAACACCGGAACAUCAUCUGUGCCAACAUGUCUGCGUAUGGUCCCGAUGGCCCUUGGUCGGAUAAACGCGGAUUUGACUCUCUAAUCCAGACGUGCGCUGGCAUGAACGUCUCAGAGGCUGAGCACUUUGGUGCUGGGGAAGCCGCCCGUCCCACUCCUUGUCAAGCGCUGGAUCACGCCGGAGGCUACUUCCUCGCUGCUGGGAUAACAGCAGCGCUUUACAAACAAGCGACAGAAGGUGGCUCCUGGCAGGUUGAUGUGUCCCUAGCCGGGGUCAUGAAGUAUCUGCGAUCUCUUGGUCAAUACGAUGGAAAAUCAGGCUUUGAGACACAGGACUUCACAUGCACCAAGGAUGUCCCGGAACAAUACUUAGAAACGCGAGACACAGGCUUUGGGGUUAUGACUGCCAUCCGGCACUCUGCUUCAAUCGAGGGGGUUGACGUUGGCUGGGAUAUAAUGCCCAACCCUCUGGGCUCAGACGAGAAGAAAUGGUUGUAG